AUGUCAGCGGAUCGGCCUUCAACACCUCCGCGGCAAAAUGCUGCUGGGCCUGGGCAGCUGCCUCGCGGCCCCAUCACCCCCGAGCAGCUAAGGAAGAUUGAAGAGAAUCGCAUGAAAGCUAAAGCUUUGCGGGAGCUGCGGGAAGCUGAAAUCUCCAAAGGCUCGCCCUCCGCCACUACAGGACCCCGGACCGUACAACCCACACAAGGUGUCAAACGCUCGUUCAACUCGAUGACAGCAUCCAAUCCCGCAUCGAUGCGUGAUGCACGUUCGGAUAUCUCCACGUCUAAUCGACCACUGGAUGCGAUCAAACCUGCCCGCAAUUUCACUUCCUCAUAUGUCGACUUCGAUUUCAGUAAGAUGACAGAUACAAAGGGCGGGUUCCUGACCCAGGAGGAUGAUCCAUUCAAUAAGGUUCUUCAUGUUCCUGAUGAGAAGCAAGAACAGAAGCCAGCGCAUAUGACCCAAAAAGAUUGGGAGCGUCAGAAGCUACUACAGUCGUUACGGCGGAACCAUGAAGGACCCUUUGAGCCAGGUUUGAGUGUUCUGGAUGACAAAAGCAAGCAAAAGAUAUGUCGUGAAUGUGGCAGCCUGGAAAUCGACUGGAAGUGGGAAGAGGAGCUCCGGUGCCGUAUCUGUCAUGCGUGUAAGGACAAAUACCCGGAGAAGUACAGUCUCCUCACCAAAACCGAGGCGAAAGAAGAUUACCUUUUGACCGACCCUGAACUACGAGAUGAAGAGCUUCUUCCCCGUCUCGAAAAACCCAAUCCGCAUAAGUCAACGUGGAAUAACAUGAUGCUUUAUCUUCGGUACCAGGUUGAGGAAUAUGCAUUAUCAGAUAAAAAGUGGGGCUCCGCCGAAGCAUUGGAUGCGGAGUUUGAGCGGCGCGAAACCGAUAAGAAGAAACGACGGGAAGCCAAGUUUAAGACCAAGCUGCAGGACCUCAAGAAACGCACCCGGGUUGAAGCCUACCGUCGCAAUCGGCAAGGCGCUUCCGGUGGAGAGUUUGGAGAUGAUCUCAGUAGUAACCGGAAGCAUGUGCACGAAUGGGGUCGACCUGUAGAGAACCCUGAGACGGGCAUACCGGUCAAGACGUGUGUGGCAUGCGGUAUGGAAGUGGAAGAAUUGGAAUUCUGA